GGCCGGGGACGUGCCGCGAGCGCACCUUGACCACACGGGAGUGAGCGAGACGCAGAGACGGAUUUGGGAUGGCAGCAUCCAGCAGCUCCAGCCUCUCCGGUUCAUCAGUCUCCUCUGACCCUGAGGAUUACCAGCCGCCCAUAUGGAAAUCUUACUUGUACCAGCUUCAGCAAGAAGCCCCGAGGCCCAAGAGGAUCACAUGUCCUCAGGAGAUGGAGACCAGACCCAAAUACUACGGCAGAGAAUUCCACGGCAUCAUCUCUCGAGAAUAUGCAGACGAGCUGCUGGGGGCAGUGGAAGGGGCUUACCUCAUCAGAGAGAGCCAAAGACAGCCGGGGACACACACCUUGGCAUUAAGGUUCGGCCACCAGACGCUGAACUACAGGUUGUUUUAUGAUGGGAAGCACUUUGUCGGUGAAAAGAGGUUUGAGUCGGUCCACGACCUGGUGACCGAUGGGCUCAUCACCCUCUACAUCGAGACCAAAGCUGCCGAGUACAUCGCCAAGAUGACCACCAACCCCAUCUACGAGCACCUGGGCUACACCUCGCUGCUGAAGGACAAGAUGGUGCACAGGCUCAGCCGGGAGCACGCAGAGCCCCGCAGGGUCACCUUCCAGAGAGAUGACAGGAUCUCCUCCCCUCUGGGCCGGCGCACCGCUUUGAAGGACAACCUGGAGAAGCACUGCUCCUACGAGAAGGUCCACAACUUCAAGGUACACACCUUCCGGGGACCGCACUGGUGUGAAUACUGCGCCAAUUUCAUGUGGGGCCUGAUUGCCCAGGGCGUCCGCUGCUCAGAUUGUGGAUUGAAUGUGCACAAGCAAUGCUCCAAACUGGUUCCCAGUGACUGCCAGCCGGACCUGCGCAGGAUAAAGAAAGUGUUUAGCUGUGACCUCACCACGCUGGUCAAGGCUCACAACACAAUACGACCCAUGGUGGUGGACAUGUGCAUCAGAGAGAUCGAGCUGAGAGGUCUGAAGUCUGAGGGACUCUACCGAGUGUCUGGCUUCUCAGAACACAUCGAGGACGUCAGGCUUGCCUUUGACCGAGAUGGUGAAAAGGCUGACAUCAGUGCAGAGGCCUAUGCAGACAUCAACAUCAUCGCCGGUGCUUUGAAGCUCUACUUGAGAGACUUGCCCAUUCCAAUUAUUUCAUUUGACUUGUACUCCAAAUUUAUUCAGGCAGCAAAACUUCAGAAUGCUGACUCCAGGCUGGAGGCCAUUCAUGAAAGCUUGCUGCAGCUCCCUCCAGCUCACUAUGAGACCCUACGCUACCUGAUGGCACAUCUCAAGAGGGUGACAAUGUUUGAAAAGGACAAUUUAAUGAAUGCUGAAAACCUGGGGAUUGUCUUCGGGCCGACUUUAAUGCAGCCCCCGGAACAGAACGCCUUGGCGACCUUGAACGACAUGAGGCAGCAGAAACUAGUGGUGCAGCUUUUGAUAGAGCAUGAAGACGUCUUAUUCUAAGGACCGAUGCUUUGGAGGCCCCUCGCGUAAGAAACAAAGGACAAUUAUUUAUUCUGUCUAAGGAAAUUUAAGCCACCCUGAGUCCAGUGAAGUGUCAAAAACGUUUGUUGUGAUCAGACCGGAACUAGAAAUUUGUCUUUUUCUCGCAUGACUGUCUUCGUUGAUGCUGGCUCAUUGUUGACCUGAUGUCUGAUUACUGUGAGUUUAGAGUUUUCAUACUCAGCCCAAGAACAUCACUUUUUUAUAGUAGGAAAGGCUGCAGUAUUACUAACUUCCUACAGUGCUAUCACCCUAUAGCGUUCGUUUUCAUUUUUCCAUAACCCCGUGUAGAUUUGGCCAUGACAAUAGCUGUGUAUGCCCUCUUCGUUCUGAUGUACGGUGCGAUCCGUGACAGCCGCCAGCACAGUUCCCAUCUCCAUACUGACUAGUCAGGUGCUUUUUAUGUGCAUACAGUGUAGUUCGUGGGAACGCAGGUUAAAAAUGCAAAUCAAAAAGUGCUGAAUCCUUGCAUUUUAGAUCAAAUGGGAUCAUUUAAUGAUCAUUUAAUGACCAUUUUUAAUGGUACGCUACAAAAUGAGAGAUGAGACAAUUGAUAGCUCAUGAAGCACUUUUCGCAAAGAGCCUAAGGAAUUAUUUUGUAAAGAUGUUUUAUUUUUGUCUUCUAUUCCGCAUCAUUGCUUUGUUUCACCAUGAGAUAUAUUGUUGGGAGUGUGCCGUUUGUUAAAUCAGUCGAUCAGAAUGCAUAAAUGUGAUACUUGCGUACAUAAGUUAACUGUACAUAAUGCCUAGUAGUUGUGUUUUGCCAAAAAAACAAAAACAAAAAAGUUCUUCAGUUUACAUGCUGUCCUCUGAUGUUUUUAACUGGAAAAAAAAAAGAUCAGGACCUUUUUUUUCUUCUUUUUUACACCAACAUGGAGCUGUUGGAGCUGUUAGGUAACCGUUGACCUCGCCGCUCCGAAACAGGCGUCAGUUAUCGCUCUACCAAGUGUGUUCUUUCACAUCUGAUUCGAUGUAAUUAAGUCAGUCCUUUCUACAAAUCUGUUUUAUCAAAAUGUAUUUUUGUGAUGGUUGCAAUCAAGAUUGUAAUUUAUCAAACGAUUUAUUAAAGGAUGUAAA